ACUAGCGCGUUUCCUGCUCGGAAAGCGCGACCGGGAUCAAUUUCGUCAUUGACGCUCGAGAGAUGGUUAAUGGCGCCUUUACUCUUACUGAGCGUCUGCGCUCUAGAUUUUCACCAUGUAAAUCACGAUAUCAGCAGGCGGUCUGCCAUCAACACUAAUUCAAAGCAACAUCUUCAUCUGCUUCACUUUACGCCGUAUAGUCGCAUCACCAAAGAGUGAAUAGAAGAUGCCGUCCUACGAAGAAUCAUAUGGCCAACAGGCCUCUCAAGCAGCAGUCACAGGUACAGGCGCAACCGAUACCGACGGUGCCGUCCAAGCCCCACCUGACUCCAGAUCCCCCUCUGAACUCCCACCUGCUGCCCUCGACUUAGCAGCGCGCCUCUUCGACCUCGCCCGCAGUGGGGACACAUCUACCCUUUCCCAAUACGUCAGCGCCGGCAUCCCCAAGAACCUCACCAAUGCAUCCGGCGACACACUUCUCAUGCUGGCAUCGUACCACGGUAAUCCCGAGACUGCAAAGAUGCUCUUAGAUAGCGGCGCCGACGCGAAUGUGUUGAACGGGAGAGGUCAGAGUCCUAUUGCGGGCGCGGUGUUCAAGGGAUAUGACGACGUUGUUAGAGUGUUGUAUGAGGGGGGAGCGGAUGUAGAAAAGGGGCAACCGAAUGCUGUAGAUUGCGCGAGGAUGUUCAAGAGAGGAAACUGCUUGAAGCUAUUUGGGGUGGAAGAGGGGGAAGGCACCGUGGUAGACGUGGAUGCACACGCGACGUCGUAGUGUAGAGAUCCUCCAUGUCAACGUCUUGAUGAUAUGAGGGAGGUUUUCCUGUAAGCCAACGAACGAUGCAACAACGACCAGAGAGUAUAUAUGUAUUACUACGGAAGAUAAAUUCCAAGCAUAAAACUACGAAAUCCAGCACAAAACUGUUCAGU